AUGGUGGACCUGUUCCUAAACCGAGUAUUGGUCGAGAACAACACGGACCAGGAUGAACUCAACACAGAGCGAGAGAUUGUCGGGAUCCUGGAAAACAGAAUCCUAAUGCUGUUCUUCGCAUCCUCCGAGUGUGAAAACUGCCAGGAGUUCAUCCCUGUACUGAAUGACUUUUUUAAGAGACUCAAAGAUCCAGCGUACAUUGAAUACCCCAAACUGCUUGCACUUGUCUACAUCAGCUUAGACAAAUCUGAGGCGCAGCAGGAGAGAUUCCUCAAUGAGCUGCACAAAAAGGUUCUGUUCUUGGCCUUUGAGGAUCCAUACAGGAAUGAGCUGAAGGCCAUGUUUAAGGUGAAGAGCGUACCAACAGUCGUGGUCCUUCGCCCUGAUGGCUCCGUACUCUCUCCGAAUGCUGUGCAGGACAUCUGUAGUUACGGUAUCGACUGUUUCAGAGACUGGCAGGAAUCAGCGGAGGUCAUUGAGAGGAGCUUCAUGCUCAACGAGGAUUUCGACAACCUAAAUAUGCGCAGUGCCACUGACCCUGUUAGGAGACUCAAGUACAAGACAGAGGACGACAAGAGGAAAAAGAGAUGGUGGAAGUUAUGGGUAAAGGGCAAAGAUGAAAAUGAAGAGGAGGAGAAAGAUGGAGCCUGGGAUAGAAAGAGAAAAGAUGGAGAUAAAGGAAUAUGGAGAAUAAGAUGA